CAAAGUCCAAAGUAGUAAUAGAUGAAACCAACAGCUUCACAGUCUCUCCUAUGACAUCGCCAUCUGGUUCAGUGAGUAACUUUCAGCAUCUUUCAAAGGGUGUUUUGGUGGUGGAGAAAGCUAUUUGGCAUUGAAUUUGAAUGAAAGAAGUUGAAUAGAGUUUUAACAAAAAAAAAAGAAUUAUGAAAUUAACCCCAAGAGAAGUGGAGAAGCUUGCCCUUCAUAAUGCAGGGUUCCUUGCCCAGAAGCGCCUGGCUCGUGGGCUUAAGCUCAAUUAUACUGAAGCUAUUGCUCUCAUUGCCACUCAGAUUCUUGAGUUUGUUCGUAAUGGCGACAAGAGUGUGGCUGAAUUGAUGGACAUUGGCAAACAAAUUUUGGGAAGGAGCCAAGUUCGUUCGUCCGUUCCACAUUUAUUGGAUUCUGUACAGGUUGAAGGGACAUUUCCUGAUGGGACAAAAUUAAUCACUAUUCAUGAUCCGAUCGCUAGUGAAAAUGGAGACUUGCAGCUUGCAUUAUAUGGUUCUUUUCUACCUGUGCCUUCCUGUAUGAAACCUGAAAUGGAAGAUAAAACGGUUCCUGGUAAUGUGAUCCCCAAAGAUGGGAUGAUUACACUUAAUGAUGGCAGGAAAGCAGUAAGCCUCAAAGUCCAUAACGCUGGAGACAGGCCAAUUCAGGUAGGAAGCCAUUAUCACUUUAUCGAGGUAAACCCUGUCAUGGUUUUUGAUCGAAGGAAAGCAUAUGGAAUGCGGCUAAAUAUACCUGCAGGAACAGCUACAAGAUUUGAGCCUGGAGAAAUUAAAACCGUUCUGCUAGUCAGCAUUGGUGGUAACCGAGUGAUCAGAGGAGGAAACGGAAUUGUUGAUGGCCCUGUUGACAUUGCCAAUAUAGAAACAGUGAUGGAAACUGUAAGGAGUGAAGGCUAUAUGAAUAUGGAAGAAACAGAUGCUAGAGAAGGCCAGACUGGACAAGAUCCUGAUUUUACCAAAACGAUUUCUUCCGAGGAUUAUUCUAACAAGUAUGGCCCUACUACUGGUGAUAUGAUCCGACUCGGUGAUACGAAUUUGUAUGCUGAAAUAGAACAAGAUUUUGCUGUAUAUGGUGAUGAAUGUGUAUUCGGUGGUGGAAAAGUUAUAAGAGAUGGAAUGGGACAAUCUUCUGGGCAUCCACCAGAUAAAUCUUUAGACACUGUUAUAACAAAUGCUGUGAUUAUUGAUUACACUGGUAUAUUCAAGGCAGAUAUUGGUAUUAAAAAUGGCAUAAUUGUUGGACUUGGGAAAGCGGGCAAUCCGGAUACCAUGGAUGGUGUAUCACCUAACUUGAUCAUUGGUGUUAACACCGAGGUUAUUGCUGGAGAAGGAUCAAUCAUAACUGCAGGGGCUAUCGACUGUCAUGUACACUUCAUUUGCCCUCAGUUAGUUCAUGAAGCUAUUUCAAGUGGCAUCACAACAUUAAUCGGAGGUGGGACUGGACCAGCCGACGGAACACGAGCAACUACUUGUACACCGGCACCGGCGCAAAUGAAAAUGAUGCUGCAGUCUACUGAUGACUUUCCUUUAAAUUUUGGGUUCACAGGGAAGGGAAAUGGUUCGAAACCCGAAGAACUGCAUGAUAUAAUCAAAGCUGGAGCAAUGGGAUUGAAGCUGCAUGAAGAUUGGGGAACUACGCCUGCUGCAAUAGACAAUUGUUUGGCUGUUGCAGAACAACAUGAUAUCCAAGUUAAUAUUCAUACUGACACCUUGAAUGAAUCUGGAUUUGUCGAGCACACAAUUGCUGCAUUUAAAGGAAGAACUAUUCAUGCUUAUCACAGUGAAGGUGCCGGUGGUGGUCAUGCUCCAGAUAUCAUCAAAGUAUGUGGCGUUAAAAACGUCCUCCCCUCAUCAACAAACCCGACACGCCCUUAUACUUCCAAUACCAUAGAUGAACAUCUUGACAUGCUGAUGGUUUGCCAUCACCUCAACAAGGAUAUUCCUGAAGAUGUAGCGUUUGCGGAAUCAAGGAUUAGGGCCGAAACCAUUGCCGCCGAAGACAUAUUGCACGACAUGGGGGCAAUCAGCAUUAUAUCUUCCGAUUCACAGGCUAUGGGUCGUAUCGGCGAGGUGAUAUGCAGAACUUGGCAAACUGCGCACAAGAUGAGAGCAGAAAGGGAUUGGUUUGAUCCCUCAGGCCCUUCCAAUCUCAGAAUCAAACGGUAUAUUGCCAAAUACACCAUAAAUCCAGCCAUUGCUAAUGGUAUUGCAAAAUUUGUUGGUUCCGUGGAGGUGGACAAAUUGGCUGAUCUUGUUUUAUGGAAACCAGCCUUUUUUGGGGCAAAACCCGAAAUGGUAAUCAAAGGCGGUGUUAUUGUUUGGUCUAACAUGGGAGAUGCUAAUGCAAGCAUCCCAACACCUGAACCGGUGUUGUCAAGGCCAAUGUUUGGAGCUUUCGGAAAGGCCGCAAGUGCUAACUCCAUUGCUUUCGUCAGCAAAGCUGCUUUAGGUAGCGGAACUAUAGAGUCGUACGGACUGAAGAAGAGAGUAGAAGCUGUAAGCAACGUCAUAGGUCUAACCAAGCUUGACAUGAAGCUAAAUGAUGCUCUCCCACAGAUCGAUGUAGAUCCUGAAACAUACGUUGUGAGAGCCGAUGGCGAGGUUCUCACUUGUGAUCCGGCGACCAGUGUUCCGUUGUCUCGGAAUUAUUUCCUCUUCUAGCGCCUCCAUCGAUAAAGCUUCAGAACUUGCGCCAUGUAUGUCAACUUUCCUUGUUUUCUGAAACAACAAUAAGGCAUCAUAAGACUUGGAAAUGGUAUGAUCGUUCAAAGAGAUACAACUUUAAACAAACAAUUUAUCAGACGGACAGCAAAUAAAGCAAG